AUGUAUAAGCUCACAGGCAUUCUGAUACUCGCGAUAAUUACUGGGAAUAUAAACGGAUCUCAAGGAGGACCAGUGAAAAGCCCCGAGGACUUGGAAACCCACUGUAAAGGAAAGGCCUUUACCAUGUUGGGAACAGUACUGGACAACCUAGUCGCCAACCAGGAUUGCGAUGAGCGGGAUGAGCUGGAAUCCCUGCCAGAAGCUAUAGCCAACGCAACGGUUUCUGUGGGAUGCGAAAAUCUCACAGUUCCAAAGGAUUUCACAGAAUCAGCGCGCUGGAUGGAGAAUGCAAUAACCCACUUGGAAAGUCAACUAGCAGACCUAAUGGUAUUACUAAAACUAAGAAUGACCUAUGAGAAAGUCAAUUCGAGAUAUUUCUAUUUCGGACACGAUGUUUCGAAAAACUGGACGGAGGCUGAAAGCUUUUGUGCCGAAAAAGGCGGACAUUUGGCCACGUUCCAAGACGAAAAAGAGCUUAUCGCAGUUACGGCCAAACUGAAUCCCGAUACUCGAUACUGGACGGCGGUCAACGAUAUAGCCAAAAAGGGGGAGUUCAAAUAUCUAGACACCGGCUUGCCAGUUUCCUAUUUGAAGUGGUCACCAGGGGAACCCGAUGAUUGGAACGAAGAAAUGCACUGCGUUGUAUUGUUCCAUGGUAGCAUGAGGGUCAACCAAUGUUAUCAUGAAAGACGUGUCAUUUGUCAAGCCGACAACGAAAUUUAA